GUACUCCAGACACAAGUUCCCUUGCCCUGCCUUCCACACACGUGUUGCUGAGGGUGUAAGCGGGCCUCUCAGCCAUCUGUGAGUGGCAACCAAGGAUGUAAAAUCCUUGGUGACGACUGAGGAGUGACGGUAAUGUGGCGUCGAAAAGGAUAUACCUUUCUGGUGCCGAGGAAAAAAAAAAAAGCUUAUGAAGAUAAACGCUCACAGAUCAAAGGAGACUACACAAAGGAGAAAAACAUGCGAGGCAGCAGCACAUAGCCUGCAAGACCUACAAACGUAAACAUACAAGCCUGUCAUCAUUUUCAAGCAACAGCCAUGGCAACUCAAUCAGCAAGACGUCUUCUGUCCAACACUGUUGAAAACUUAACUGUCAAAUUCUUCCCAGGAAUUUCCUUCAAUCAUUUGAGUGGAAAUUCUUAUGGCAAUGAGGCAGUAGCCAGUCUUCCAUUGCAAAUGGUACUGUACUUCUCAACACUGUUCUUCCCUUGUUGGCUGGGAGCUUCAGUCAUCAUGAUGGUUGCAAAGUUCCAGUACGUGUCCAACUUGUACCAAUGGAUUCUGGUGGCCAUCUACACAGCACUGCCACUCAUUGAGGUGGUGCGUCUCUACAUUGGAAAUAUUGGCAACACUGAGGAGAAGGUCCCAGAGUUAGCAGGCAGCUGGCUCCUUACACUUCUGCUUCAACUUCCACUGUUAAGCUUCAUUCUACUGGUUCCUGGUACCCUCCCAUUGCCCCUAGACUAUGCUGUUAAUGUAAUCUUUCUCAUGUUCCUUGUCCUCUAUGUUGUGUUUGGGUAUAAAGCAGUAAGCACCACUGCUGCUCACCAGACCCGCCUCCAUCACCUGUAUCUGGUGAUGGGGCAGGGCAUAAGUGAUUUGGAUGGUGAUGGGACAGGACAGGGAUGAGAUUUCAGGUUGCAUUAUUAAAUUUAAAUCCAAAUUAUUAUAUCAUGCUAGCACUGUCUGCCUAGUCUAACCAUAAAUUGGGCACUAACAGAUAUAUUAACAUUGUUCAAUGGUGUAAAAACCCUGAGAAGUGCAGGUGUUUAGUCAAGAAAGCAGCAUUUUGAUAUGCAAAUGUUAGCUAAUACUUUACCAGUCUUCCUCACCAUGCAGGCUAAGCCAUGCACACUCAAGCCAGGCUAAGCCAAGCAACUCCUACAUCAGAGGUGUGCAUGAUACCAUAUCAUGACUGCACAACAUUGAUGGUUCCUCAGGAGUUUUUCAAGUAUGGGAAGAUAAGCAGAUUGGAGAUUCUUGAAGCUCACUAAUCUUACUUAGGAAAGGCCUUAUGGAAUGAGCCUUCAGGGUCAUAAGAAUAAUUCACAAAUGGAUUAAAUAGAUGAAGAGAAAAAAAAAUGGUCUACACAAACUAGUAUGCAUCAAUGAAAUAAUAAAUUAAGAAAUGUAGAAUGAAAUAAGGUUCACAUGAGUGUAAACAAUAAUUACCAACAAUACUGUGUGUUUAUAUUAUAAAACCAUGAUUGUGAUUUUAAUGUGAAAAUUGAAAUACACAAAAUAUCAGUGUU